AAGCCCAUCGCUCAGCCUCUGCCGUUCGCAGCCCUAAUCCAAAGUGCUGCUAUUUUGUACCAUUUUGUUAGCGCAAGAAAUGCCGGAGGAGCAUAGGCGAAGGGAAGGCGGCGCCGGAGGCGACUCGCGGUCACGACGCGAGGAACGCGAUCCCGACAGGAGGCGUCCCCAUUCCCGAUCUGAAAGAGAAAGGCAAAGGGAGCCCAGUCCAAAAAGAUCAAGAAGAGAUGAAAAACCAUCAUCUGAGAGGAAAUAUUCUGGUAAUAAUGAUUUGGACAUUGAUGACAAUAGAGAGCGAAAGCAUCGUAGGCGGUUUCAAGAUUCUAUGCCAGUAAGGAUUUCUUCAGCAGCUGAUACAAAGGUGAAGUUUGACUCUGCGAAAGAUGGUUUUGACAGAAAGGCUAUUCCUGAUGACACUAAACGUCCUUCAGACACAGUAGAAACACCUCGGAGUCGAUCUCACUUCCAGCACGAUGAGCAUGGCAGUGCUGGGAAGGAUGGCCUAAGUUAUGGUCACAGAGCAAAUGAUACGGGAAGAGGUAAUCUAAAGGAGCCAACUGGCGACACAGUGGAUAAGAACAUGGUAUCUGAUAUGCCGAAAAGAUCUGGAAGGGCUAAAGCUCAAGCAAAGGAAUGGAAGCAUGAUGGGUUUUUUGAAUUGGAGGGUCAGGCACUAGUCCCCAGUAAAAGACCCGCAUUCAGUGAAAAGAAAAUGCCAGCAGAGAAAGAUCCUAUUAUUAGCCCUCGUUUGGAUUCCAGAAAUUGUCAUGACCAACAAUCAAAUGAAGCCUCAAGAAGGGAAGAAAAGAUAAACAACAUGCGUGGAUAUAAGCCUGAGAGAUCUUUUAGUCGAGCUGACGAUAAGUAUGAUAAGAGGGAUGAAAGAUAUCUCCAAAGAAAUGAAAUGCACAGGUCUAGUUUUCAGUCUAUGGAAAGGCACAGUACCAGAGAGACUAGGGGCAGGGAAAGGUUUAGUGGACCAUACGGUGAGCGGAGGCCAUAUCUGCAAACUGGUUUUCCGGUAGAGAAAUGGAAGCAUGACCUUUAUGAUGAAGGUAAUAAAAGCCCAACUCCAGAGAAUGAGGAAGAGCAGAUAGCAAAGGUUGAAGCACUUCUGGAACUAUAGCUAUUGCAACUGUGGAGUAAUUUCUUGCAAAAAAUCUCUUUCGCCAAAUACUUUUUCCUGCCUUUCGGAUUCUAGAAUUUGAACGGCAAAGAACUUAUCAAGCUUUCUUAAAUUUUGCAAAUGUAUUAUGUUUAUGUGAAA